AUGGACGUGAACAUUGGCGAUCUGAACUCACCCCAUUCGAUGGGAACCACCAUCAUAGGUGUCACUUACAACGGCGGCGUCGUCCUCGGCGCCGAUUCCCGUACCAGCACCGGAAUGUAUGUUGCGAAUAGGGCAUCGGACAAGAUCACCCAGUUGACCGAUAAUGUCUACUUGUGUCGCUCUGGAUCG